GAUUUGGGACAAGGGUGCCCCUGAGCCACCCAGCUGGAGGGAACGCGUGGAGACCCACCAGCUGAAACGCCGUGGCAGGGAUGGGGGACGUACAGCGAAUGCUGGUCCCUGUCCCCUCCAUCCCUGUCCCCUCCCUGCAGUUUUAUAGGUCACUGAAUAUCAAGGUGGCCCUGAUCGGCCUGGAGGUGUGGACGGAGCGGGACCAGUGUGCCGUGACUAGCGACGCCAACGCCACGCUCUGGUCCUUCCUGCAGUGGAAGAAGGCUCUGAGGUCACGCAAGAAGCACGACAACGCCCAGCUGCUGACAGGGAAGACGUUCAGGGGCACAACCAUCGGCAUGGCCCCGCUGGAGGGGAUGUGCAGCGCGGAUAACUCCGGAGGCGUCAGCGUGGACCACUCGGAGCAGCCCAUCGGAGCAGCCGCCACUAUGGCCCACGAAAUUGGCCACAAUUUUGGCAUGAGCCACGACAGCACGGGCUGCUGCGUGGAGGCCACCCCGGAGCAAGGCGGCUGUGUCAUGGCAGCGGCCACUGGACACCCCUUCCCUCGCGUGUUCAGCUCCUGCAGCAAGAGGCAGCUGGAGAACUACUUCCAGAAGGGAGGUGGCAUGUGUCUUUUCAACCUGCCUGACACCAAGGACCUGGUGGUGGGACGGAAAUGUGGCAACGGCUUUCUGGAGGAAGGAGAAGACUGUGACUGCGGGGAGGUGGAG